ACCCGUUGGUUUACAAAUGACAUGGCCCGUUACUAUUUUGCUAUAAUCGAUCGACGGCGUCCCAUUUCCUCGUUGACACUUUGGCGCGGUUUGGGGAUGUUGAACCCUAAUAGGCUCCGGCUCCGAGCCUUCACCGGUAAACAUGGCUUCAUUUCACUGGCAGCGGCAAAGCUUCGAUGUAGUGCUUGGAUAGAUAAUUCUAUCAACACAUUCAUUACAAGGGCAUUGUCUUCGUCUUCUGGAGAUGAUGACUUCUCAGAAUUGGGAUCCCCUUUGCCUAAAGCUGCAACUAGUCUUCCGAAGUUGAUGACGGAGAAACCUGAGCCUUAUAAUAAGAAAGCUAACCGUAGGAGAAAACCUUCUGGAGUGCCGUUAGAAAGCAGCACCAGCUUGAAAAAUGAUUCCUCAAAACUGGAGAGUGUAGAAGCAAGCAAGAGACCUUUUUUGGCUGAUGAGGUUUCUGUAAAUUGCUUUGAUCCUAGUCCACUAGUUGACAAAGAGGCAGUUAGCAUUAGGAUUGCCAACAUCAACUCAGAGACCACUGAUUCUGCGAUACAUUCUAUGUGUACGUCCUAUGGUUGCUUGGAGGGGCUUGUGCGAACAAAAGAGGAUGCAGUGGAUGCCUUCUUUAGCGUUGAGGACAAUGCUGACAUAGACAGCAUAGUUGCAAAGUUGAAUGAUACAGUCAUGAAUGACCAUGAGUGGUCAGCUAAAUUACAUCAUAGAGACUCCACUCCUGCUGUGAUGAGCAAGGAAAGUAAUGGUAACUUUAAUGUGGGAUUACAUUUAAGCCGUCAGUUGGCUGAAGUGAAAAGGCAAGUCAUCAUGAAGACCGUGUGCAUAGAAGAUUUGGAGUAUCUGCAUAAUGCCUUGGUGCACCUUGAAGCUCAUUCUUGCAGCAGGACUAGUAUUUCCAAGGAUGACUGAGCUUGGGAACCAUGCGAUUGCUAAUGUUUCACAUAGUGAUACUAUGAGAAUUGUGAAAGUUAACCAAAAAAUUUUGGAUGCCCAUUUUUGAUUUCUGAUUUGUUCAAAUUGACAUGCAGGGUCUUGAGGUUUUGUAGUAGUAAGAGGUUCAAUGGAGUUUAGAUUUUGUAGAUAUCUGA